CGAAAGCGGCGGACAGAUUUGAACGGGAUAGCUAGUUUUGUAGGUGGAUAUCGACCAGCUCCGUUGGAAAAAGGCAAAGUUCUUUGCCAACAAUCCAUUGCUUGGCUGCAAUCAUAAGUUGUUUCUUGCUAGGAACGUCAACAAUGACAUGUUGUUUGCUAUCGGGCUUAACAUAACAUAAGAGAAGAUGAAGACAUUAAAAUCACUUACGAACUUCACUGACAGGUUUUACGAACAAAUAAUCAAUGAAACUCAUAGUCAAUGGGAAAAUGUUUUUCUCUCCCCGUUCAAUAUCUAUACUGCUCUCGGAAUGGUUCUUUCUGGCAGUGGAAACAAUACGAAAGCCGAGAUGAUAAAGGCAAUGCAAUUGUCCGACUGUUUAGAACAUGAUAAAGUUCAUUGUGAGAUUGGCCAACUUCUCAAUGAUUGUUCAAAAUCUAGUGAAGGUGUUAAUAUGAUCCUUGCUAAUAGAUUGUUCGUUGCACAGAAUGUGAGAAUCAAGGAGCAGUUCAAAACUAAUCUGAAGACAUACUACGAUGCUCCAACAGAACAUGUGGCAUUUCAGACUGACAUAGAAGGUUCUCGAAACCGGAUAAACCAGUGGGUCAGUAAACAAACUAAAGGACAAAUUCAAGAACUGCUUCCACCCGGUUUUUUAACAAAGGACACGUGUGCUGUAGUGACAGCCACUACAUACUUCAAAGGUUUGUGGAAUAUGUGUUUUCCUGAGGAUAACUCACAUGCUAGCGAGUUUUAUGAAUUGAAUGGAUCAAAAAUGAGUGUGAAGUUGAUGUAUAACGAAUCAUUUUUCGAUAUGGUCAGUUUACCCCACUUAAAGUCACGUGCUGCAAAGAUACCAUUUAAAGACCCUAAGUUUACGUUAUUGAUUAUUCUUCCAGAUGCAAAUGACGGAUUGCCAGAUUUACUGGAUUCGAUGUAUAAACAUGGUGGAAUUUCUUCAAUACUUUCCACGAGUUUUGAAAAUACAAAAUUGCGUUUGUAUUUGCCUAAAUUUAAAUUAAGAGAAGGUAAUGCAAUAAAACUGAAAGAUCAUCUGCAGAAAUUGGGAAUAAACGAUGCAUUCUGUGAUAUAUCAGCUGACUUUUCAAAUAUUUCUGACUCAGAUAGGUUGUUUAUUACAGAUGUGAUGCAUAAAGCUAUUUUUGAAGUGGAUGAAAAAGGUGCAGUGGCGGCUGCAGCUACGGCAGUAGAAGUAACAAAUUGCUCAUCUGUAAGACGUUCCAAACCUGUACCAGAAUUUCGUGUUGAUCAUCCAUUCUUUAUUUCAAUUGUUUGGAAUAAUUGUCUACCAAUAUUUCUUGGACAUAUUACAUCACCAUUGAAUGACUAAUAAUAAGAAAACUUGAUCAUUUAUUAGCUUACAAGAAUGAUUAAAUUGCCUACUAUUUAUUUUGUUAUUCAUAUAUAGCUAGUAAUAAUUUUAAUGGAAGAAUUCAUUUCACUUUUAUUUCUGUGAUCAGGUAUUUUUUAAAAAUGUUUAAAUGAUUUUUUAAAUUUUUUUCUAUAAUAUGACUUUUAUGUUCACAUGGUUACUGAUUAGUAACUAAUAUAACUUCGUUCUGUUGUUCA